CCCCAAAGCCAAGAAGCCUCCUCAACUCUUAUCUCUUCCUCCUCCUCUAUCCUCUCGCUUUGCUCAAGCCUCUGCCUCUCCAAUGGCUUCCACUCUCUCCACUCUCUCUCUUCGUACCCCCUCUUAUCCUACGCCCUCAAUUGCUUCUUAUCCUACGCACUCCUCUUCCACCUUCCCCUCACAAACCCUAGAAUUCCCCCUCCGCUUCCCCAAAUCCUCCCCCCGCCGCGCCACCUUCCUCCGCCCCAUCGCUGCCGUGGAGGCCCCGGAGAAAGUCGUGAAGCUAGGCGACGACAUCUCCGAUUUAACCCUGGCAGAGGCGCAGAAGCUGGUCGAGUACUUGCAGGACAAGCUUGGUGUGUCCGCCGCGUCCUUCGCCCCUGCCGCCGUUGUCGCUGCCCCCGCCGGCGGUGCCGCUGAUGCUGCGGCGGCCCCCGAGGAGAAGACGGAGUUCGACGUCCUGAUCGAGGAUGUCCCCAGCAAUGCGCGUAUUGCAACGAUUAAGGCCGUGAGGGCGUUGACGAACUUGGCUUUGAAGGAGGCCAAAGAGUUGAUUGAGGGCUUGCCGAAGAAGUUCAAGGAGGGCGUGUCCAAGGAAGAGGCCGAGGAGGCCAAGAAGAAGCUCGAGGAAGCUGGAGCCAAGGUCGCCAUCGCUUAGAGGUUUUUUUCCAGUUGAUGGAAUUCUGGUAAAUUUCCUUUUUCUUCUUUUGUAUUGGGGCGAUGAAAUCAUCUGUUGUUUGUAGCCAGUUCAGUUUUUAGUAGCGUAUAGUUUGUAUCUGCUUUGGAGCAUAAUGAAUUGAACUCCAGAGAAAUUUCUUUUGAAUUGGGUAAUGUUUACUCCAAAAUAGGUAAAA